AGGAGGAGGUCCCGGGUCCCCGCUUACGGGUUUUCUUUGGCGGUUCCCCGCCAGUUCUGCCGGCUCUGGGUUGGGGAUUUCAUGGGCCGCAGGCUUGUUCACGGGGAAGUGUCUGGGCCGGUAAUUCAGACUGUGGGACGAGACCUCCCUUUGACAGGAGGGCCCCAGCAGAGAGUGUGUCCAGGUUCUGGCGCUCGAACGCGUUGCCGAGGAAGGGAAGAGAGGGUGCUUGUUGCCUUUUACAUGGCUGUUCUUCGCUUGGUGGUGUCGCUCUUGGUCCUCUGCUUCUGCGACAGCCCUUUAACAACACGGUUCAUCUGUAUAUAUCCUGCCUAUAUAAAUAACAAGAAGACAAUAGCAGAAGGAAGAAGAAUACCUCUUGAUAAAGCAGUUGAAAAUCCAACAUCUACAGAAAUCCAAGAUGUAUGUGCAGCAGUUGGACUUAAUGUACUUUUGGAGAAAAACAAAAUGUAUCCCAGGGAGUGGAACCGUGAUGCACAGUAUAGAGGUAGAGUGCGCAUUCAGCUCAAGACAGAAGAUGAUAAACCAUGUCAACCUCAGUUUCCAACACGUAAGGCAGUGAUGCUAUAUGCAGCAGAAACAAUUCCUAAACUAAAAACAAGGACACAGAAAAUGGGAAGCAGUGACCAGAAUCUACAGCAAGGAGAGGGAGGUAAAAAAGGAAAAGGAAAGAAGAAGAAAUGAGAGUGACUGGCACUGUAUGAUAUAUCAAGAUAACUAUGGAUGAAAGACAUUGACAUCUUACCUGAAUGCUGAAGAAACAAAGAACUGUCAAAGCUGUUUCAUUGUUUCCUGGACUGGACUGCAUUUAAUAAUGCAGUUGAUCAAUUUGUGGUAUCUAGGAAUACCUACUUUUGUACUUGCAACAAAUGCAAAAGAGGUUGUCUUCUCAGUAUGUAAAAAUUCAUUUAAAAUGCAUGCAGCUAAUACUUUAUAAGGCUGGUUGGCUUAGAUUGAGAUUGGUAAAGAUGACAGUGGAAUAUGUUGUAUGGAGCUCCCAAAUUGAUUCCCCCCCCCAUUAUGAAAAUAAAGGAAAUUCCAUCUUUGAAUUAA